AUGUUGGACCCCCUCGGAUCCCCUCCAGCCUGGCUGCGGGACUUGGUCGAGCCCUUCGCCCUCAAGCUGAGCAGCCCCACGCUGUCUGAGCAUGCCCAUGAGGUCGUUCUUGCCUUUGCCUUCUACCAGUUCAUCCAUUCGUUCCUCUCGCCUUGGCUCUCACCGAUCCUCGCUCCGCAGUCCUAUCCCAAGUUGAGCGCUCGCACCAAGGUGAACUGGGAUAUCCAUGUGGUCUCGCUGGUGCAGAGCGUUCUUAUUAACGCUGCAGCGCUGUGGGUGAUGUAUGUCGAUGAGGAGCGGUCGUCCAUGUCGUCUGCAGAGCGUGUUUUCGGUUACACUGGUGCCUGUGGCUUGAUCCAGGCUCUGGCUGUCGGGUAUUUCGUCUAUGACCUGAUCGUCAGCGCCGUGUAUAUCAAGCUGUUCGGUAUUGGGAUGCUCUUUCAUGCGAUCAGUGCGCUCUGGGUAUUCAGCCUCGGCUUUAGACCUUUCCUUAACUACUACGCUCCGACGUUCAUUCUCUACGAGCUUUCCAGCCCAUUCCUCAAUAUCCACUGGUUCCUUGACAAAGUCAACAUGACCGGUAGCCGUGCCCAGUGGUACAACGGUAUGGCUCUGCUGGCCAUGUUCUUCUGCUGCCGUCUUGUCUGGGGCACCUGUCAAUCGAUCAUCGUCUACACAGACAUGUGGAAGGCACUGCAACAGACCUGGUCCGCCCAGACAUCGCCUCUCCAGGCACCCGCCAACGUCAACGCGCACGUCUUCUACCCCACCCGGGACGGCGGCAUGUGCGUUGACGAGACCUGCGCACGCGCCAAUGCCGAAGUCUCCCGCUUCAAGGACUACACUGCCGGUGGUGUACCAACCUGGCUGGUGCUGACGUAUGUCGUAUCGAACCUGAUCCUCAACUUUUUGAACUACUUCUGGUUCUCCAAGAUGAUAGAGACUGUUCUUAAGCGGUUCCGCACUCCCCAGAAGAAGGAUGACAAGAACCCCGAGAAAUUCGAGGACUUUGCACAGAAAGUCAUCCUCGAAGCCGCAGCUAAACUAGAGGAGGAAGAGAGCGCCCUUCGCCGGGGUGAACUAUGCCUUUCACCCGAACAGAUCGCUUCAGGCAUUGACGUGGGAGCUCUCGGGGAAGACUUGCGCAAGCGCCGGGCUGAACUGGUUGCUAAGGUUCCUUUACCUGGGUCUUGA